AUGUACAUACACAGAAAUACACACGCACAGACACAUGUACAUACACACACAGACACAUGUACAUACAUACAUACAUACAUACAUACAAACACACACACACACACACACACAUGUACAUGCAUACACACAUGUACACACACACAUACAUGUACAUACACACAGACACAUGUACAGAUUCACACAUGUACAUGUACAAUUGUACAUGCAUACAAACACACACACACAAACACACACACCCCAUAAAAAGUUGCAGUACUUCGUUGGUCACUCACAGAUAUGGGUACUGCACUCUAGGGGGAGGCAGAGAGCACAGCACACAUUCCUUGCUUUGCUUUCACUGCACUCAGCUAUUGAGCAGUCUGACGGCUCCCAGUGCCAAUGACAGAUCCGGCCUGAGAUCCGAGCCUUCUCAGCAAGACGGCCCUGGGGGACACACUCGCCCCCACCAUAAUUUCCACUAGCCAUUGGCGAGCAGGCGAGUGGAAAUUUCAAGCCCUGAUAUA